CUUGAAAAAAUCUUUAGGAGCAGAGUCCGUUGAAGCCAGCAGGAACAGUUUGAAGAAUUUUCAAGCCCUGAAGAGUGAAAGAAAUCUAUUUCAUACAAAAUGUGCGAUCCAUGCUGUGAUGCUGUGUGCAGUCCUUGCGGUCCAUGUGAUCCCUGUGGUCCUUGCAGCCCAUGCGGUCCCUGUGGCCCUUGCGGUCCAUGCGGUCCCUGUGGCCCUUGCGGUCCAUGUGGUCCCUGUGGACCUUGUGCACCCUGUGGCCCAUGUGAUCCUUGCUGCGAACCACGUAGCUUCAGCGCUGGCCAGUUGGCAUGCAUGCCGCAAUGUCCAUCGGGUUGUCCACCACCCACUUGUGGUCCGCGAUUCGUAACCGUUCAACAACCUCCUCGGCUGGUUUCACAGAAAAAGGUUAUCAACUGUACCCGAACCGUGAUCGACAAGCACGUCUUGCCGCAGACCAAGGCCAUCGUGGAACCGAAGCUCAUCUAUCAACCGAAGACCAUCAUUGAGCCGUGUGUAAUUUUCAAGAAACGCGUUGUUCCAGAACCUAAGGUAAUCUACUACCGCCGCACGGUACCGGAUCCCAAAGUCGUUUGCACCCAACGAAUGAUCGUCGAACCAAAGGAAUACUGCACUACAAUGGUAUGCCAACCAAAGCCGCAGAUCGUUCCAAUUCCUGCAGCCAAAGAGUACUGCUGCGUUUCAACAGGAACUACAUUCUUCAACAAUCCUUGCUGCCCGCCGACGCCAGGUCCGAUUUGUCCACCCAAAAAGUAUUGCUGAACGACAUGCAACAGCGACAAGUGCAGGUACAUUAUCCCUUGAAACGAGUUCAUUCAGCAGUUCGAAAUCACACUCCCAAACCGAAGAUCGCCAAGACCAACUGGUACUGCACCC